AUGGUGCCGCUGCCACGGAUAGCCACCCCGACGGCGCUGCUCUCACGCACACUUACGAUGUCGCCUGUGCGUUGCCAUGGCGGCAUUGACCGGCCCAAGCCAGGGACGGGCAUUAAAAUCACCUUCCGCGACGCCCAAGGCAAAGAUCUGAAGACAGUUGAGGCCAAUGAAGGCGACGACCUCCUGUCGAUUGCCCAUGAGUACGACAUUGAUUUGGAAGGCGCAUGUGAAGGCUCCAUUGCAUGCUCGACAUGCCAUGUGAUUCUGGAAGAGGACGUGUACUACCAGCUCGAGGAGCCGGGGGACGACGAAAACGAUAUGCUGGACUUGGCCUUUGGGCUUACCGAUACCUCGCGCCUCGGGUGUCAAGUCCACGUCACACGCGAUCUCGAUGGGAUGAUCGUGCAGUUGCCUGCUGCUACACGCAACAUGUAUGUAGAUGGCGCCAAGGCGGGUCAUUGA